ACUUUAAUAAACAAACCACUGCGGCGACUUUGUCGUUUAGAUUACAAUACAUUUUCCGUACGUUACUUCAAGAUCGUAAUCCAUCACAAUAGUCAGUGCAUUUUACUAGCGUAGCUAGUUGAGGCUAGCUGUAUGCCCUGUGAAAGUCAUUGGUUCGUGUUUGAAGUAUGGUUUUGUUGUUAUUAUUGGUAGUAACGUGAGGGGCCGGCUACUGUUUCCUAACUGGCAUCGAUACGUAACCAAUCGAUUCACUUCGUUUUCCUGUGGCCGUGCGACAUUGCACCUAGCACGAUUUCCUUAAGGCACAGAGGCAAGGACAUGAUGUUGUGAAGUUGUACCAUAAGCCAAGAUGGCUGCCGGCCGAAUUCCACUGGUGUUGCUAGCCUGCGGCUCCUUCAACCCCAUCACCAACCAGCAUAUGAGGCUGUUUGAGCUGGCCAGAGACCACAUGCACAGCACAGGUAACUACCAGGUUGUUAAAGGCAUUGUAUCCCCAGUGAGUGAUGGCUAUGGCAAACAGGGCCUUGUGUCGGCCGAGCACAGGAAUGCCAUGGCGAAGCUGGCCCUGCAGACCUCUGAUUGGAUAACGAUUGACGAAUGGGAGAGCGACCAGCCAGACUGGACAGAGACAGUCGUCACUAUGAGGCAUCACCAUGGGUGCAUACUGAAACAGUACCAGCAAAGCACAGGUCCAUCGCCCCAGCUGAAGCUGCUGUGCGGGGCGGACUUCCUGGAAGGCUUCCGCGUGCCGGGCAUGUGGCGGCCUGAGGACCUGGAGGAGCUGGCCGGCGCGUACGGCCUCGUGUGCGUGAGCCGCGGCGGGCUGCAACCGGAGCGCGCCGCUCACGAGUCGGACGCGCUGUGGCGCCACCGCCGCAACGUGUUCCUGGUGCGCGAGUGGGUGCACAACGAGGCCAGCGCCACGGAGGUGCGGCGCGCCCUGCGCCGGGGCCUCAGCGCCAAGUACCUGCUGCCCGACGACGUCAUCGACUACAUCGGCCGCCACGCCCUCUACACCGACGCCAGCGAGAGCAAGAACCAGGGCACGCCGCUCAGACCCCUGGCCAAGCAAUACCAGCCGGGGGGGACGGGGGGGAGCCUGGCAUGUGCUACGACGGCCUUGAGCUUCACUUGCACUUUUACUCGAACUACUGGAAGUAAGAACAACACUGCCAAGAUGCCGAUUGACUUGAACGGAUACUGGAAAAUGAUUUCCAACGAUAACUUCGAGGAGUAUCUGAAGGCGCUCGAGGUCAAUGUGGCCAUCAGGAAGAUCGCCACCCUGCUGAAGCCCGACAAGGACAUCACGCAGGACGGGGACCACAUCACCAUCAAGACGCUCAGCACCUUCAAGAACUACAACAUGGACUUCACCGUGGGGCAGGAGUUCGAGGAGGACCUCUCAGGGGUGGACGACAGGAAGUGCAUGACCACUGUCUCCUGGGAUGGGGACCGGCUGGUGUGUGUGCAGAAGGGAGAGAUCGAAGGCAGGGGCUGGACCCACUGGGUGACCGGUGAUGAGCUCCAUCUGUGUGCUCUUCUAUAUCGGCCCAGCUUGCCUUCAGCCUCCACCAUGCCUGCGGACUUCAAUGGAAAAUGGAUACUGGAAACCAAUGAAAAGUUUGAGGAAUACCUGAAAGCCUUAAAUAUUGAUUUUGCCACAAGGAAAAUCGCCAUGUCGUUGUCGCAGACCAAAGUGGUCACCCAGCGUGGAGACUCUUUUGAGUUCCAAACCCUGAGCACCUUCCGCAACUACGAACACUCCUUCACAAUAGGGGUUGAGUUUGACGAGUUCACCAAGGGACUGGACAACAGGCACGUCAAGAGUCUGGUGAACUGGGAAGGGGACAAGCUGGUCUGCACCCAGAAGGGAGAGAAGGCGAACCGCGGCUGGAAGCACUGGAUCCAAGGAGACAAGCUUUACCUGGAGUUAACGUGUGAGGAUGUAGUUUCUGUUCAAGUUUUUAAGCGGAAAGAAUAAACACCAACAUUUUCAACUGUU